AUGUAUGGCGAGACCAAUUCGAAAGUUGCAAGUGCUGAUAGCACAAGGUUAAUGGAAGAUACUAGUUUUGAUUCUUUUGUUUCAGAACUGCCACAAACUAAAUCCAACGAUGUGAAUCAAAAUCAAACAAAUAGGUUGGAAGAUUUUUCCCAUUUGAGAUAUCAAUAUAGAUCAAGCAAUUCAAUACCAAGGAGGUUUAUAGAUAGGAAAAAUUCAGUCAUUAUAGCGAGUACUGGAGAAAGAGUUCAAAGAAGUAUUACUUUUUCAUUACCACAAGAUUUUGAAACAACUCCAGAAGGUGAAGCAUUACAUCCUCAAACAAGAUUUCAAAAUUUUUUACAUUUAAUAAGUUCAAUUUAUAAUGAUGAUAUUAUUAGAAGUGUAAUGAAAUGUUCAAUAGCAUAUUUUAUUGCAAGUUUAGGAGUAUUUAUACCUAAAUUAGAUGAAUUAUUGGGUAAUACUGAUUCAAAACAUAUUAUCGCAACAGUUGCAGUAUAUUUUCAUCCAACAAGAACAAAAGGAUCAAUGAAUCAAACUAUGAUAUAUGUUAUAAUAUCUAUUUUAUUUAGUAUGAGUGUAUCUUUUGGAUGUAGAUUGAUAUCUGCAAUUUUUUUUGUAAAGGGGGAAGAUGAAAUUAGUCAUUUUAUUGAUUUAUUAGUAAGUUCAAUUGCAUUGGGAGUUAUAUCAUUUUGGAAACAAAAAGUUAAUAAACAAACAUUUAAUACAGCUUGUUCUUUAGCUUGUAUUUCUAUUGUUUCAUGUAUUGUGAAAGAAGGAAGUUUAAAUUCAGGUGAAAUACCAUUGACAAGAAUAUAUUCAACUUUUCAAGUUGUAGUAACUGGUUGUGUUAUUUCAUUUGCUUGUUGUCGUCUCAUUUGGCCUGUCAGUGCAACUAAUCAACUUAAAAAAACAAUUCAUGAAUCAUACAAGAAUUAUUCCUUAGUAUUGUUAACAUUGACAAGAAGAUUUGUUGCAGGUGAAAAAUUGACAGCUCAUGACUCCUUAUUGAUUGAAAAAAUUAAAAAGCUGGUCUCUUUGUUAUAUCAAUAUUUGGAGGAAACACAAUAUGAAUUGAGACUUGUAGGAAAAGAAGCUGAAUGGAUUUAUUAUAAAGAGCUUGUGAACGCCACUAUUUCAUUAGCAAGGCACUUACAAGCCUUAAGUGCUGCAACAAGAAUGCAAUGGAGCUUGUUGAAUACCACCACCAAUGACGAUGCCAGUACAACUUCAACUUUAAAAAGUUUUAAAUCAGGAGAUUUUGAUAUACCAUCAAUUGAUUCUGUGCGAGCACAAGAUCAAGUUGAAGAUAAUGAUAUGGGAUCAUCUUUACAAUUAUUUGAUUUAUUUGUUUUCCAUUUGUCACCGUCCAUAAAAUCAUUAGUUUUCACAAUGAGAGAUAUUUUAAAUUCAAUUCCUCCAGAUUCUUUUGAAAAUUCGGAAACAUAUCAACAUUCUUUAAUUAGUGCUAUUAAAAUGUAUGAAAAACGUCAAGAUUUAUCAUUUGAACAUAUAUAUAAUCAAGAAUCUUUUACUAAAAAUACCAAUGUUUAUUUUAAAGCAGAACAAGAGGAAGUAGCUGCUUGUUGUGGUAAUUUUGCUACUUUAUUAUCUCAAUUUGCAACUGAAUUGUUAAGUACUUUAAAAUUGUUUGAUGAAUAUGGUGCAGCAGUAAAUAGUCCAAGAAGUUGGCCAUGGUUGAACUUAAGAACCGCUGAAAGUUUUGAUGAAUCCACAAAUGAUACUAGUCUACAUGCUGCAUUAGAUGAUUUGAGGGAUCAAUAUGGUCUAAAGAAACAUAGACCUCCUAUUUUAAAUUCAUUUUUUCAAAAAGUAGGUUUUUUGAUGUGGAAAAAAUUAAAAGUUUUGAAAAGAGCAGAUGUACAAUUCGGUAUCAGAGUAGGAUUAGGAGCAGCAUGUUUAUCUUUAUUUGCAUAUAUUCCAGAAACGAGAGAUAUAUUUUUGACUUGGAGAUUAGAAUGGGCAUUAACUGUAUAUUGUAUUAUGAUGAAUAAAUCUUUAGGUGGUACUACGAUGACUGUAAAAUGGAGAAUUAUUGGAACAACAAUUGGAGCUGUUACAGCCUAUUUAAUUUGGAUUAUAUUUGAUGCUAAUGUUUAUUUUUUGGCAAUAUCAGGUUUUUUGAUUUCCAUACCAUCGUUUUACAUAAUUUUAUUUUGGAGUUCAAACAAUGCUUUUGGAAGAUUUAUACUUUUAACGUAUAAUUUAACAAUGUUGUAUUCGUAUAGUAUGAUUCAGAAGGACUCUGAAGAUGACAAAGAAGGUGGAGAUCAUCCUGUAAUUGGUGAAAUAGCAUUUCAUAGAUUUGCAGCUAUAUCUAUUGGUAUAAUUUGGGCUUUGACUAUGGCUACUUGGUUUUUACCUAAUAGUGCAAGAGCCAGGUUAAAAAAUGGAUUAUCUAUUCUAUGGUUAAGAUUGGGUGUGAUUUGGAAUAGUGACCCAUUAGAAUAUAAUCCAAACACUAUGGAAUUAGUAGGUUUUAAGGCAGAAGAAGGUACCAACAAAAUUUUAUCAGAAUGUGAAACUCUAUUAAAACAAGCACCUGUUGAAUUUAGAUUAAAAGGUACUUUUCCAACUCAAACAUAUUCAAAGAUUUUAAAGGAAACUUCUGCUAUAAUUGAUGCUUUUCAGAAUUUAGAUUUAUUAAUCAAAGUUGAUCCUGUAUUAACUCCAAAUGAAGAAUAUGUAUUGAAAUACAUAGAGUCAGAAAGAAAUGAGGUAGAACAAAGAAUAUUUUUAGUCUUUUACAUGUUAGCAAGUGCAAUGAAAUUAGGAUUUUCAGUUCCUAAAAAAUUUGCAUCUAUUGAACAUGCUAAAUAUAGAUUAUUAUAUAAAUUAAGUGAAAUACGACAACAGCAAGAUUCAGGAAUAAAAUUAAGGAAUACUGAUUUUAUUUGGUUGUAUUCUUACAUUUUGGUUGCAACUACUAUAUCUGAACAAUUAGAUAAUAUAAUGGCUAAUAUUAAAGAUUUACUUGGUGAAAUAUCAGAAGAGAAGUUUCAGUUAGUUUGA